AUGGCAGCACUCCCAGAACCUCUAGUUCCAGCACCUAUGAUCUACACACAAACACUGCAUCAGGGAGACCAGGAUCAGGAGGUCAAGUGGGAUGACGUGGAUCUUCUUGUGGCAAUCCAAGCUAAUUGCAAAAUCCAAAUCAAGAACCAAAGGCGCGCUGAGGCGUUUGCUGGGCUUCAGCGUCGCUUCUUCCUUCCCGCGGCGCGGAGGCUGCAGCCGGCCCCUCCCGCCGGGGGCCGUGGAGACGCCGCGAGGCUGUUGGCGAGCGUGGGGAAGCUGCGGGAGCAGAGCCGGGACGGAGCGCGUGGGAGGCGACGCGGAGCCCGGGGGCCACGGCGAGCAGCUCCCCGCGCUCGGUCCAGGCGGCUGGGGCAGCGCCAGGCGGCGCCGAGAUGCGAGGUGGCGGUGGCGGCCCUGGCGCUGGCAGCUGGCGCAUUCGGCCCGCUGGCCGCGGCUGCGCGAGCCCCGCAGCAGGGCGGCCCCGCGGCCGCGGGAGGCUUCGCCGAGGACUUGCUAAGCUUGUUCGGGGAGAACCGCAGCCUCUCAGCAGCCCAGCUCUCCCACCUGCUGCAGACGCUGGGAACCGCGCGGGAGCAGGGGGCAGCGCUGCAGGGACAGCACCACCUGCACCACAACGAGUGCAUGUCUGGUGAGGACAUCUUUUCACUUCAUGGUUUUCCAAACAACAGCCAGAUAACAAAUUCCAGCUUCUCUGCAAUAUGUCCGGCUGUCUUACAACAGCUGAUUUUUCACCCUUGUGCCAGUUCAUCAAAGCACAAGAACAAAUCUAAACCGACUCCUUCAGAAGUUUGGGGGUUUGGGUUCCUUGCUGUGACUAUCAUCAACCUGGCAUCACUCCUUGGAUUGGUUUUAACUCCUCUCUUGAAGAAGCCAUAUUUCCCCAAGAUUUUAACCUAUUUUGUGGGCUUGGCCAUUGGGACGCUCUUUUCCAAUGCGAUUUUCCAGCUAAUUCCAGAGGCAUUUGGAUUUGAUCCUAAAACUGACAACUAUGUUGAGAAAGCAGUAGCUGUGUUCGGUGGAUUCUAUAUUCUCUUCUUUGUGGAAAGGAUUCUUAAAAUGAUACUGAAGACCUAUGGCCAGACUGGCCACACUCAUUUUGAAAAUCAUGAACAGAAUCCUCCUCAGGCUAAGGGUAAUCCACCCAUACCAUUGAAAUCUAAUAAUGGGAUAACAUGCUAUGCAAAUCCAGCCAUAAUAGAGCCUAAUGGAAGCCUCAGUUUUGACACAGUUAGUGUGGUCUCUGCUCAGGAAGAGAAAACCCAAAGUUGCUUAUGUUUAAAGGGACCCACAUUGUCAGAGAUUGGAACAAUUGCCUGGAUGAUCACGCUGAGUGAUGCCUUGCACAACUUCAUUGAUGGUCUGGCUAUUGGUGCGUCCUUCACCCUCUCUCUGCUUCAGGGACUUAGUACAUCUAUAGCAAUCUUAUGUGAGGAGUUUCCUCAUGAACUGGGGGAUUUUGUCAUUUUGCUAAAUGCAGGAAUGAGCACCUACCAGGCUCUGUUUUUCAACUUUAUUUCGGCGUGUUCUUGCUACAUUGGUCUGGCUUUUGGUAUAUUAGUGGGCAGCAACUUUGCUCCUAACAUUAUCUUUGCAAUAGCUGGCGGUAUGUUCCUGUACAUUUCUCUGGCAGAUAUGUUCCCAGAGAUGAGCGACAUGCUGAGGGAGAAAGUGACUGGAAGGAGAACAGAUUUAACCUUCUUCCUCAUUCAGAACGCUGGUUUACUAACAGGAUUUGCUGCAAUACUGCUGAUUACCGUGUAUGCAGGAGACAUUGAGUUGGAAUAAUGAGAUUCUGAAGAUGGUACUGAUAAUGAAGGAUAUUAGUACAUUAGAAAUGGAAGAACUCUUGAAAUCCAUAAAGAGACUUUAAAUUAAUCUACCUGGUUUAAAACAAUGACCCUGUUUUCUUCUGCAAAUCACGGAAAGUUAGCCUCUUCUUUUAGGGUUCCUAAAUCAGUCCUAUAAAAUGGGCCAUCAACUUCUGAGUAUUACAAGCAGUUGAUUCAAACACUCGUGAAGGUGUCGGAUGUACCUGCACAAUGGUAAAAAGAGGAUGUUACAUUCAGUGGAAUGAAGCAGGAGGCAGCUAUAUGUAUUCCAUAUGACUUGGACUAAAAAAAAAAAAAAA